GCAACGUGCGGUGAUUUCGUAUUGACGAAAAAUUGUUAGGGAAAUCGUAUAUUGCGAAUAUUAGUGUUUCUGGGACACUCGGUAUUAAGCCAUAUAGGCGCUAUAUACGUAUCGUGCAAUGAGGCCGACGUGACUUGUUCAGUGACAAUCAUGGCUGAAAUAAAUCCUUACAAGCGUCUAUUAAAAUCCAUUAAAAUUGGAUUGAAAGAUUGUCAGUAUUAUGAUAUUGGCAGUUUAAGCACAAAAUAUGACAAAUUACCAUUUUCUAUCCGAGUUCUUUUGGAAAGUGCCGUCCGUAAUUGCGACAAUUUCCAAGUAACAAAACUAGAUGUUGAGAAAAUUUUGGAUUGGGAAAAUAAUCAAUCCCUUCAACAGGGAGUCGAAGUGAGCUUUAAGCCUGCAAGAGUUAUAUUACAGGAUUUUACUGGAGUACCGGCAGUUGUGGAUUUUGCAGCAAUGAGAGAUGCUGUAAAGAAACUCGGCGGCGAUCCUAAUAAAAUUAAUCCAAUCUGUCCAUCAGACCUUGUAAUCGAUCAUUCAAUACAGGCUGAUUUUAUUAGAAGCAAUGAUGCCUUAAAAAAAAAUGAAGAACUCGAAUUUGAGAGAAAUAAAGAACGCUUCAUGUUUCUUAAAUGGGGUGCAAAGGCAUUUAAAAAUAUGUUAAUUGUUCCUCCCGGAAGUGGUAUCGUGCAUCAAGUGAAUUUAGAAUAUUUGGCAAGAGUGGUAUUUGACUCCAAAAAUUUUCUAUAUCCUGACAGCGUAGUUGGUACUGAUUCUCAUACUACCAUGGUCAAUGGUCUGGGUGUACUUGGAUGGGGAGUUGGAGGUAUUGAAGCAGAAGCUGUUAUGCUUGGUCAAGCAAUUUCUAUGUUAAUACCAAAAGUCGUGGGAUAUAAAUUAGAAGGUGUAUUAAAUCAAUAUGCCACGUCUACUGAUCUUGUUUUAACUAUUACAAAGAAUCUUCGACAAAUCGGAGUGGUUGGAAAAUUUGUCGAAUUCUUUGGACCAGGCGUAACGCAGCUAAGUAUUGCGGAUCGUGCUACCAUUUCUAAUAUUAAAUAUUUUUAUAAUAUGAUGGCUUUAGAUGUAAUAUUUUAUGUAAUAUAUGAAAAUAUUUUAUGUAAUAUAUAAAUAUAUUUUUUUCUAUAUUAUCUAGGUCGAGCUGACGAACACAUUGAUAAGAUUGAGAAAUAUCUUAAAAACGUACGCAUGUUAAGGAAUUAUGAUGACCCGAACCAAGAUCCAAUCUUUUCCGAGGUGGUCACUUUGGAUUUGAACACUGUAGUCUCAAGUGUCAGCGGACCUAAAAGACCUCAUGAUAGAGUUUCAGUAUCCGACAUGCAAAUAGACUUCAGAAAUUGCCUCGUAAACAAGGUAGGCUUCAAAGGUUAUGGUUUGACCCCUACGAAGGUGGAUUUCGUGGGGAAGUUCAAGUUCGAAGAGAAAGAAUACGAAUUGAAACAUGGUUCUGUAGUAAUUGCAGCUAUUACCAGUUGUACGAAUACUAGCAAUCCUAGCGUUAUGCUUGGAGCAGGUCUUCUUGCUAAAAAGGCAGUGGAGGCUGGCUUGAGUGUUGAGCCAUAUAUAAAAACAUCAUUGUCACCUGGCUCUGGAGUUGUUACUUAUUAUCUCCAGGAAAGUGGUGUAAUUCCAUAUCUAACCGAGUUAGGUUUCGACAUCAUUGGUUACGGUUGUAUGACUUGUAUCGGAAAUAGCGGCCCGCUUCCUGACGCUAUAGUCGAAAUGAUUGAAAAGAAUGAACUCGUUUGCUGUGGAGUUCUGUCAGGCAACAGGAACUUUGAAGGCAGAGUCCAUCCGAAUACCCGGGCGAAUUAUUUAGCGUCUCCGCUCCUAGUAAUAGCCUAUGCUAUUGCUGGCACUGUAGACUUCGACUUUGAGAAACAGCCACUGGGUCACAAAGCCGAUGGUUCUCCAAUAUUUUUAAGAGAUAUUUGGCCAACCAGAUCAGAAAUUCAAGCUGUUGAACAAAAGUAUGUCAUUCCAGCCAUGUUCAAAGAAGUCUAUAGUAAAAUCGAACAUGGUAGCGAGACUUGGGCAAACUUGGUAGCACCUCACGACAAUCUGUACCCAUGGGAUAUUAAUUCUACGUACAUUACAAGUCCACCCUAUUUCGAUAACUUGCAGAAGGAGCUACCUCCAAUCAAAUCGAUUACAAAAGCGCGAGUGCUCGUAAAUCUUGGAGAUUCUGUUACAACCGAUCAUAUUAGUCCAGCAGGCAGUAUUGCGCGUAAUUCAGCAGCGGCGAGAUAUCUAGCUAAUCGAGGUUUGACGCCAAAAGAUUUCAAUUCUUAUGGCUCGCGUAGAGGAAACGAUGCUGUGAUGGCGCGAGGUACAUUCGCUAACAUUCGUCUCCUGAAUAAAUUUAUUGGUAAAGCGGGACCACGAACGAUCUACAUUCCAACAAAUGAAGAGAUGGACGUAUUUGAUGCGGCCGAGAAGUACGCGAAAGACAAAACACCUUUAAUCGCUUUGGUUGGCAAGGAAUACGGAUCUGGAUCUUCCAGAGAUUGGGCCGCCAAAGGACCAUAUUUACUCGGUAUUCGAGCUGUUAUAGCAGAAUCGUAUGAAAGAAUACAUAGGUCCAAUCUUGUGGGUAUGGGCAUUAUUCCGUUACAAUAUCUUCCUGGAGAAACUGCAGAGACCUUGGGAUUAACGGGUUACGAGCAAUAUGAUAUUAUGAUCCCCACGAAUUGUCAACCCGAAGAAAUAAUCACUGUGAACACGGACAACGGGAAGAAAUUCAAAGUGAUUGCACGAUUUGAUACGGAUGUCGACUUAACUUACUUCAAACACGGUGGUAUUCUUAAUUAUAUGAUUCGAAAAAUGCUUUGAUGAGUGAUUAAAAAAAAUGAAUAUAAAUGAUCCUCUUAGAAGGCUACUUAAUGAGAUA